GAUGAAAUUCAAAAGCCAUCAAAUCAGAUCGAUUACUUAAGUCGGUUGAUGACGAUGAUGGGACCAUUCAAAGAACUAUUCAGGAGCUGUAUAAGAAGAAUGAAUGUGACGAAUGAGGAUUUGCUGAAUUACAGAAGGGUGAACACAUUUUUCCAUAAAGAAGCAACUGAUGCUUUGAAAAAACGAUUCCAAAUUGUUCGCUUCCGUAACGGAGAAUUCGAAUCAAUCAAUCAACGAAAUGUUUACCUCAAAUAUAGACGUUCGCUAGUCACUUCAGAUGACGCAGAAUUUAGAGGCAAAGAUUUUCUCAAUGGAAUCUAUCUACACAACACGACAAAACUAAAAGUAAUAUGACUCAAUGGACACCGCAAAUGGCCAUUGUUGUUGGAGAAACUAACUUGA